UUCUUCGUGCUUCCAUAUAAAGAAGUCUCCCAUUUCUCCGUGCCUUUCCAAAUGAAACAAUGCUCCGUUUGAGUUCCGUGAGCAGCAAACAAUGCUUUUUCAUCGGUGUCGUUCUCGGACUUUUGGUAACGUUCAAAAUUCAAGAUGUUCAGGAUGCCAGCAGUAAAGCGACUUGCACGAGCAUCACCCUCGAAAACGCAGAUUUCAACAACGAAUUCGAGCCCCAAGUAAAUCUCGCCGGAAAACCGAUGCAAGCGAAAAAAACUGCCAAAAACAUCGUUCGCCCGCGUUACUAUUCAAGCGAACUUGGGAUCCGCGAGAAAGUUUUCGUCGCAGUUCUAACAAAAGUCGACACAAUAAACACCGUUUCGCCCGCUUUUAACAAAACCACGGCGCAUCUCGUGAACCGCAUCAAGUUUUUCAUCAACGCCGAUUCGGUUAAUGUCAAUAUUAAGAUGAAAAAUAUCGUCGGGUUCACAGAUACGCGUGAUAAUUUGCGCACGUAUCACGUUUUAAAGUACAUUGCGGACAAUUACAUCACGGAUUACGAUUAUUUCUUCCUUGUCCCGGACACUUCUUAUGUGAACGCUCGUUCGUUGGUUGAAAAAUUGGAGAAAAUCAGCGUCAGUUCGGAUAUUUAUAUGGGAACUGUCGAAUCUCCGGGUAGUUCUUCGUACGAGGAUGGCGCCGAGGCAUCGCGUUAUUGUGACAUCAACGCCGGGAUUGUCCUGAGUAACAGUGUGGUGAAAAAAAUUCGCGCAAAUUUGGAUUGGUGUGUCAGAAAUGCCGCUCAAAGCAAUCGUCACAGCGUGAAUUUGGGAAAAUGCAUCAAAUAUUCAACGACGGAGAUCCAGGAAUGUCAAACAACGUGGCAGAACGUCACUGUGGGCUCAUAUCGCUUGAACAACUACAAAAUUUAUCGCGAUUUGCACUAUUUGCGGAUGGAAAAAGCAUUUAAUGAAGCAGUUGUCGUUCAUCCAAUCACAAAUCCGGAUGAUUUUUAUCUCCUCCAUACGUAUUUCACACGAGUUAAUUUGGAAAAUUUACGGGAAAAGAUGUCCCGCAACCUAGAAGAGUACGAAAACGUCAAAUUAGGCCAUUUACCGGAUAGUUUGUUGGAAAAACAUUGGCCAAUUGGUGUUCCAGAGUCAAAACCAGCUGAAACUCGUCACGAUUUAAUUUCAUGGGACUUUCUCAAUGAAACGCACAUUUUUAUGUGGAAUGCGGAGACAAAUGUAAAAGAGCUGCCUUUGCCCGACAAACAAGAUAUCGAUAAAAUUCUCAAUCGAACCGUUUCGUAUGCCUUGAAAAAAUAUCCGGAGCUCAUUUAUGACAACGUUCACUCAAUUUAUCGUAAAUUUGAUCCCGUACGAGGCAUGGACUACAUUUUGCAUCUAAAUUUCGUGCGACGUGACUCGAAUUUGCAUUCCAUAACAAAAAGUUUUGAAAUUUCCAAGCCUUUGGGCUCCGUUGAGAUCAUCUCGUCGCCUUAUGUGACUGAAAGUACAAAAAUUCAACUCAUCAUUCCCGUUUUUGAGCAACACAUCGACGAAGCAAUCGAAAUUUUAUCGAGAUAUGAAAGCAUUUGUCUCACAACACAAGAAAAUACCUACCUCACCAUUGUUUUUUUGUAUCAACCGACUUCCCCGAAUACAGGCCCGGCGGAUAUUUUCGCCUCUGUGAAGCAAAAAAUCGUAAAUCUCAAGGAAAAGUAUAAAGCUUCGUCGCUUGGAUGGUACAGCAUUCGAUCUCCGGUGAAAUUAAGUACUCGUAAGAUGUAUACGAGCAUGUACGGCCCAUCGGAAAUUGUCAGUUUGGGAGUAAUUGACCUCGCUUUACGCAAAACUGGGCUGGAUUCAAUAAUUUUAAUGAUGCCAAAUGACGCAAGAUUCCGUGUCGACUUCCUAAAUCGCGUCAGAAUGAACACAAUUGCCGGAUUUCAAGUUUACAGCCCAAUUUCUGUGAGUAAUUAUCCCUGUAAGUUCACCCAAUUCUGUCGAGAUUGCGAUUCGUGCGACGUUUCACAAGCAAACGGCUAUUUCGAUUCCCAAAACUUUGAUAUUCUAGCGUUUUAUGGCAAGGAUUACGUUGAGGCACGUAAAAAACUGGAGUCGAAAGUGCCUGUGGUGAAACAGGACAGAGAUAUUCAACUUUUGGUUGAUUUGAAACAAGAACCAGAGGAUAAAGUUGAGGGUGUUAUUGAUAUUUUUCUCAAAUCUCCGUUGGAUAUUCACAUUUUACGAGCAAUUGAGCCGAAUUUGCGCACCGGAAUGGCUUUUAGCAAUUAUUUGAUGGCAACGGGAGACACUCCGCAAUGCGUGAAGGAGAAUUUGGGCGAGGAAUUUAAGUGUCGCCGGUUGGGCAGCAAGAAACAAUUGAGUGAAGCCGUGGCGCAGUACGAAGAUGAAGUCGUAAAGGGCGUAAAAUGAUGAUUUAUGGACCAAUAUUGAUAAAAUUAAUUAAUCAAGUGCCUUAUUAGAUGUUAGAAUUUAGGAAUCUCAUUGACGAUACUCAAUAAUUAUCGUGAGACUUUUACCAAAGUAUUACUUUUUGCCUUUAUCGAAAACGAACAAACGAAAUUUCAAUUAUUUUAAUAAA